AACAAGUUGGUGUUUUGGUGGGAAGUAAAUCCUCAAAUUCCACUCAUAUCCACAUCCGUUUCAGGCAAAAACAGUCAGCUAACUGGUGAUUCCCUCGACAGGAACAUGCUAAAAACUUGGAUCAAAUGAAUCAAACACUACCCAACCUUCAAAAGGAAAAAAAAAUGUGGAAAAAACCCCCAGCAAGUUUGUGUAUCAGUCUGAUCACAAAUUAGUAUGUGAUUUUUACAGUAUCUGCUAUCCACAGCUUUUUUUUAUAGCGUACAAAGAACUCCUCCAUGAGUUCAUUAAAUCCCUGAAGCCACAUAAAGGCAACAAUACAGAUAUGUAAAGUCUGCAGGCUACGAUUUGAGGAGUGCUGCACAAUGCCCACACACAACUUGUUAUCUUUCAUGUUUGGGUGGGAGACAGAUUUAUCAGGGCUGUGUAUUUGGGCCUUCAUUCCACUGAUUUCAGGUUUUCUUCUUGAAAUGCUUAAUGAGUUUGAGAGUGUUUGAGAAAAUGUGGUACAUUUAUAAUGGAAAGUCAAACCUUCAACUUGAGCAGAAUGAUGUGAUGGGACUCUCCCUCAAACAUGGACGCAGCUCUAAAGCCACUCUCUGUCAAUAUGAUUUGCUGUCACUGCUGCGAUGCUCCUUUAUGAUUGGUUCCGAUGUUUCACAGCUAUGAGAUCAGUGAUUGUUGUGACCUGAGAGGUUGGUGCUCCAUCAGCAUGUGCUCUGUGCUGUUUUUAAUCUAAAAAGAUUAACGGAUGAUGAGUGCUACUGACACGGCUCUCUCCUUCUCGCUGUCUCAGACUCGUGUUUCUUCAGUGCAUCGUGAUGCAGGAGCAGAGGCCGACAGAAAGAAGGUGUUUGUUGAGGCAACACUGGACCUUCAGCAGGAACAGUCCUGGGAUCAGCUACGUUGUUUAUACCGAGGACCAUCCAGGUUGUCCAUCCUUUCAGAACUGUCCCACAGCAACAGCAGUGAGAAGACAGGACUUCUAAUUACAGCUCAAUCGGGAACAGAGAAUUUCCAACUUAAACUCUCUCCUCCACCUCUGUUGGAAGAGUGAAGGGUGGAUUCUUCCUUCAUUUGUUGACACUUGAGUAAAGCGGGACUUGUUAAGGACGAGACAUUCUAUGCACUUCUGAUUUCCUGCAUUUGUCCAGCUAUUUUACAUCAAUGUGGAUUUAAGCUUUCCACUGCUUUGAUAUUGUUAAACUUCUGUGAAACCGUUUCUGUCAAAACAAACUGUGUAAUAUUGAUCACACUUUGGUAAUUUUACUAAAUGUAGCUUUAUUUUAAUCCAUUGUUUAUGUAUCACAGCUGGCUGAAAUAUAACUGUAAAGGAGGCUGAUGUAUUUUGCAGGGGGAGAAUUGAAAUGGAAUGUUUGUUUACAGGCAUUAAAAAGACAUAACA